CAGUUUACCUUCAACACUUCAUUAAAACUCGUCACCUGAUUUAUCUUUCAGCAAAAAUAAUGAUGGCGAACGCUGCAUUUAAAAAUCUGAAGGUCAAUGGAGCUCGUCUCAUGAAAGAUAUCCACCACACUGCACAGUGGGGUAAGGGUGCAGUUUGGGGAAGCGGUGUAAAUGACACGGGAAUGUCACGAUUGUCUCUCUCUUCAGAGGAUAAGCUGGUCCGAGAUUGGUUUGUCAAGCAGACAAAGUCUCUGGGUUGCAAGGUACACAUCGACGCUAUGGGCAACAUUUUUGCUAUUCGUGCUGGACGCAACGAAGGACCGGCAACAUUCAUGGGUAGCCAUCUGGAUACGCAGCCUAGCGGAGGCCGCUACGAUGGUGUACUUGGAGUGUUGGCCGGGUUGGAGGCCUUGAGAGUUCUCGAGGACAACAAAGUCAGCACUGCAUUCCCUAUUGGGCUUGUCAACUGGACCAAUGAAGAGGGUGCCCGAUUCCCGACAUCAAUGGUGUCUUCUGGUGUGUGGGCUGGCUCAAUUCCUCUUGAGCGUGCGCAUAACCUCAAAGAAGUCGGCGGGGGUAAUGCCACUAUGAAAUCUGAACUCCAGAGGAUUGGGUACCUCGGCGACACACCAGCAAGCUAUGAGAGCACGCCUUUAGCAGCGCAUUUUGAGCUCCAUAUUGAACAAGGUCCGAUCCUCGAGGCUGAGAACAAACGAAUCGGCAUUGUCAAGGGCGCACAAGUUUAUCGCUGGCAUACCAUUACCGUCGGCGGCCGCGAGUGCCAUACUGGAGCGACCACUUUCCCGCAUCGUUCAGAUGCUUUGCUUACGGCUGCGAGAAUGAUCUCUCAUUCCCACGUACUCGCAAGUGAGUUUUUGUCGUUGGCAUCUACGGGCGUGCUCACACUCAAGCCUGGGAGCACCAAUACCGUACCUGGAGAGGUCACAUUCUCUCUCGACAUUCGCUCGGGCGCCGAUUCUCAACUAAUGCUGUUAGAGGAAAAGCUCAAGCAGGAUUUUGAGACUAUUGCCAAGGAUGAACUUGUACCAGGGACGACCAGGGCGGGUAUUAAGGGCAGAGGGUGUUCGAUUGAGUGGCAGCUGGAUUCUACGUCGACAGCUACCACUUUCGAUGCGGAUUGUAUCCGUUGCAUCUCCGAGAGUGCAGAAGCUGUUGCAACGGAAGCUGGCAUCGCGGCAGAUGAUUUUAUGAAAGAGGGCAUGAUAAGCGGAGCUGGUCACGACAGUGUAUAUACUUCGAAAAGAUGUCCCACGGCUAUGAUAUUCAUUCCUUGCAAGGAUGGUAUCAGCCAUAACCCUGUAGAAUAUAGUUCUCCAGAGGAAUGUGCCACAGGAGCACAGGUAUUACUUGGUUCUGUUUUGAGAUUUGACGAGCUUCGUGCAGCAAAAGCAUAGUUAGAUCCUUAUUCUACUACAAUAUAUCAGAGUAAAAUAUAGAAAAGUG